GCAACUUCACCUCGACCAUCCAAAAUAAACACACCACCAUCCACUCCCUACCCGAUCCCAUCCAGAACAGUGAGCACCGACUAGCUCACCGUCAUAUCCAAAAUGGCCACCUACACUUCCUCGGACGCGAAUGUCAACCAGGAGCCGACACUCUUGAGCAAGUUCAAAGCCUGGGACAAGCUCUUCGAAUCCGACGCACCACCGCGCCUGGGGCUGCACGUUCGCGAACGGGUCCACUACACAGCAGUAGCAGCUUUCCUGUCAGGCAUAACGAUCGGGGUUCCGCACGGGGCCAAAAAGGCAGCAUAUCUCUUCCGAGCCGAGAACGCCCACCGGAUUCCCAAUUCACCCAGCGGGUGGUUCCAGUACCACAAGUGGAAGAACUACGCGAUUGGCAGUCGGGGCCUGGCGGAGGGCCUGAAGCUGGGAAGUGGGCUGGCGGUUGGUGCGGUUGCGUUUUCGCUGUUUGAGGAGACGGUCGACUAUGCGCGAAAUGAUCGCAGGGAUUUCUUGUCCACUGUUACGGCCGGGUUGUCAUUUUCAGGGAUUUAUAGUUUGUUGAAACGACACGAUAUUUUCACUGCUGCGCGGACGGCCAAACUGGGUUUGAAGCUGAGUCUCACCUACGGACUGCUGCAGGAUGCGCUGGAGACUUUCAAGGGAAACCCACCAGCCUAUGUUGAGUUUAUUACGGGGAAGCGUCGAUCCAAAGAGUAGAGGGGAUUGGAGAAGAGAUCAACAAUCAUACGCGGCUACUGCUCCCCGCGCCAUCCAGGGUUCGAAGAUUCUCUUCAGUACCGCGCAGCCUCAA